CCAGAAAUACUGUGUUAUCGAAAUGGACCAAGCUCACAUCCCUAGAGUCGCUAGAAACAUCUGUUCUCUGAAGCGUUUUUACUGAAAAUUCGCUCUUCAGCUUAAUUGUUUUAUUUGAAUCCGUUUGGCUAGAAAUUUCGCCCUUGCAAUGGGCACGAAGCGUCGCAACAUCGAAGACGAGCUCUCACGAUUCGAAGCUGAGAUCUCAAAGCCGCCAGCUCGAAACCUCUUUGUACCCAAUCAAGUGCGUCCGAUUAUCGCGGCAAAUACGUAUACCAACGUUCAGCAGAAAUUGCAACAGCAUCAACCUCGCAUGACGGUGCCUCCGCCUCCAAUACCCCCACCACCAACAUUUAUGUCGACAUUCGUACCGACGGGAAACGGCUCAUCCACAUCGCCAAUAAAACCCACAUCCGCCACCCCGGUUGUACUUAGCAGUGCACCGAAGCUUUAUCAAUGUCGACAGUCGGUUCAUGUACCGACGGUGGCCACGGCGCCGGCAAUCGAUAUCAACAUUAAUUCUAUACAGUUUGAUGUCACGCAGAAACUCAAGAAGCUAAAGGCAGAAAAAUCGGGACCCAAUCCGAUUGCAGAGGAAGCUAUCAAAGCAGCACGUGCCUCAUCGGCGCUCCAAUCGUUUCAGACCACGGAACGGAAGAAAAAGGACCGAAAGACGGUACGCAUCGCCGGUGGCACUGUGUGGGAGGAUUCCUCAUUGGCAGACUGGCCGGAUGAUGAUUUCCGUAUCUUUUGCGGCGAUCUUGGUAAUGAUGUCAACGAUGAGGUGCUCACGCGCACUUUCAAUAAGUUCCCAUCAUUUCAACGGGCGCGAGUUGUGCGGGAUAAACGAACCGGCAAAAGCAAGGGAUUUGGCUUUGUUAGCUUCCGCGAACCGGCUGACUUCAUACGUGCAAUGAAGGAGAUGGAUGGACGUUACGUGGGCAGUCGACCAAUCAAACUGCGCAAGAGCACCUGGCGACAGCGCAGUCUGGAUGUGGUCAAGAAAAAGGAGCGUGAAAAGCAGGUGCUGCUGCAGGCCUUCAACUCCAUGAGUUAAAUGCGCUGCUCCCACUGAACCGAGAAGAAUCAGUUUUAGGCUAGUUUUGGUCGCAUUUCGAUGUAAAUAAAUUUGUUUUUAGAAUGUCUGGAUGUGGCUACUGAUGAAUAAGCAUAAAUUAAAACAAAUGUUAAAAUACCUAUUUAGCAAGCGAAAUAAGUGAUGUAAUUAUU